AUGGCUUUAUGUUUACCUCUACUGGUUUUGUGCUGUUUCUUUAGAGUGAGCUUUAGUGAGAGUUUUCCUGAAUGGUUCAGCAACAUUUCUGCCAACCUCUUCAGUUUACCUGGGGACAUUAUGCUUGGCGGGCUCUUUCCCAUUAACGACCUCAACAGCAACGUCAGUGACAUAACAGAGCCAAACCAGAUAACCUGUGACAGAGUAAAUGAUCUUGGACUGGGACUUGCAAUAGCCAUGAAAUACGCAGUGGAUGAAAUCAACGGAAACCAGACUCUCCUCCCUGGCAUCAAGUUAGGUUAUGAAAUCUAUGACACAUGCAGCCAGUCGGCCAUUAUUGUAAAGCCCACUCUGUCCUUCCUCACUGAAAAAUCCAGCAAAGAACUAUCUGUGCGGUGUAAUUACACCACCUAUGAGACCAGCGUAGCUGCAGUGAUUGGUCCUUAUACCUCAAAAAUGGUGUCAUUCAUUGGAAAACUCCUGGGAUUCUUUCUGAUGCCACAGAUUAGCUAUGGGGCCACCAGUGACAAAUUCAGUGAUGAUGUUUCCUACCCGUCAUUCUUUCGUACGGUGCCCAGUGACAAAUGGCAAGUGGAUGUCAUAAUAAAGCUAAUAGAGGAAUUUGGCUGGAACUGGGUGGCAAUUGUGGGCAGUGACGAGGAGUACGGGCAAGAAGGUGUGCAGAUGUUCACCAAAUUUGCAGACAACACAUCUAUCUGUGUGGCCUAUCAGGGUCUGAUUCCAGUGUACACUGACCCUGUGCCAAUGGUCAAAACCAUCAUUCACAAUAUCCAAAUGACCAAUGUCAGAGUGGUAGUGGUGUUUUCUCUCCCAGAGCAAAGUGAAAUCUUUUUUAAAGAGGUUAUCAGGAGUAAUUUAACAGCUGUAUGGAUUGGCACCACAAGCUGGGCCAUCGAUGCUCGAGUGACUUCUCUGCCUGACAUUGAAACAGUUGGUACAAUCAUUGCAUUCAUUGACAAAACAGACACCCUCGGCCUGUUCACCGAUUAUGCAAUGGAGCUCUUCAAGAAACUCAGUGAAGAGCGGACAAAGACAUCCACUCCAGCCACAAAUCUUUACAAUACUAACAAUCCCUGCCCACAAUGCUGGAACUUGUCACCAGAUAAUAUUACCCUGGUAGAAGCACCUGCAGUGCAGACAUCAGCUUUCAGUGUGUAUGCCGCUGUCUAUAGUGUAGCACAGGCACUGCAUAACCUGCUGGAGUGCAAUUUAACUGCCUGUCAGUGGGGAUCUAGAAGCAAAAUCUAUCCCUGGAAGCUGCUGGAAGCUUUAAGGAAGACUUCUAUUAACAUAAAUAGCACAAAUCUGGAAUUCGACCAAUAUGGCAACCCGAACAUAGGAUACGAUGUCAUUCAGUGGGUCUGGACAAACUCAUCUCAAGUGGAUAUCAGAACUGUGGGAGAAUAUUCUGAGCAAGAACUGCACAUCUCCAAGAACCACUUUGAAUGGCAUACAGCAGAGGUUCCUACAUCCACUUGUUCAGCAAAUUGUGGUAAAGGCCAGGUCCACAGAGUCAAAGGCUUCCAUUCCUGCUGCUUUGACUGUAUUGACUGUUUGGCAGGCACCUACCAGGCAAAUAAGGACGACACCCAGUGUACUAAGUGUCCCAACCGUCAGUGGUCCCAGCAUCGCAGCACAAACUGCACUGACCCCAUCUUUAAGUUUUUUGAGUGGCACAGCCAGGAUGCUGUGAUAAUGAUGCUAGUUGGUGCGCUCCUGCUAAUAUGUCAGGGGUCAGUGGGUGUCAUGUUCCUGAUGCACCCAGGAACCCCCCUGGUAACGGCCUCGGGGGGUCCCUUGAGUUUUGUGGCUGUGUUCGGCCUGAUGGGAGCAUGUCUCAGUCUGCUGCUCUUCCUGGGGGCGCCAGGGGAUGUGGUGUGUCGUCUUCAGCUGCCUUUCACCUCCAUUUUCCAGACACUCACCCUCUCCAUUAUCCUUUUAUUCUCACUACAGAUACUCUAUGUAACAGAGUUCCCAGAGAUGGCUGCCUCUCAUCUGCAUUUGUUAAGAGGCCCUGUGAGCUGGCUGUUUGUGCUGAUCUGCUGCGCUGUACAGGCUGGUUUCUGUGGCUGGUUUGUUCAAGAAGGACCUUCAUUGUCUGGAUAUGUGGCAAAUAUGACAAUAGACUUUGUAGAAUCAUUCCUAUCGUGUCCUGUUUCACCUUUGAUUGGAUUUGCCUUAAUGCAGGGUUUCAAUGGUGUAAUGGCCCUUGCAUCGUUCAUGUGCACCUUCAUGGCAGUGAAGCCUCUUCAUCAGUAUAACUUAGCCAGGGACAUCACCUUUUCCACCCUGACCUACUGUGUCAUUUGGGUGAUCUUUAUUCCAAUCUACAUAGGAAACAAUAGUUCAGCUAACAAGAACAGGUCAAUUGUCCAUGUUUAUUUCAGCCUGGCAAGCAACUUUGGACUGUUGGCAGCCUACUACUUUCCAAAAUGCUAUUUGUUGUUAAGGAAGCCUGACUUAAACACACCAAAGUACUUCUGUACCUUCUUAGAGGGUGUCCCACCAACUCAAACAGAAGAGGAGCCACAGCCAAAAGCACAGGAAGGACAAUAGACAGUUAAACUGUUUAUAAAGUAAAUCAAAGAAUCUGAAAAACUUACAUUUAUUUUCUUUCAUCAAAGACAAUGAUUGUUAUAUAUACCAUAUCUUAGCAUAUUAUAAAUUGUACCAUCACAUUAGAUUAUAUGAUGCAUUGUUUCUGAGUUACUCGAAAAUGUGAGGUAUAAACAUAACACAGAAAGAGUGCUUUGUGCUUAUUAAUGAACAUACAGUCUUGUAGUUGAAAUUUUAUUAUUUUUCAGGAUUAUUGUUUUGCUUGGAAUAAUGUUAGUCACAAAAUUGUAGCUAAAAGUAGGUAACUUUGAGCUGUGUUAUUUUAAUAUACCGUAUUUUCCGCACUAUAAGGUGCAUUCAUCAUUAAUCAAACAAUGGCACGGAGGUGGAGGAAGCAAGAAGAAUGAGUUGAGUAAAGUUUAACUUAUCUGACUGUUUUGUUUCGCUUAAUGUGCCUUAUAAUCCCAUGUGCCCUAUGUAUGAAAACAGACCCGUUCAUCAACAGUGCGCCUUAUAAUCCCGUGCGCCUUAUUGAAGCCUUAUUGAGUCACUGACUAUAAUUUGCUUUUAAUCUUUUAACAGCAGAUUUCAUGUUGUAUAACUGACAGGUUUUUUUUCUUUGUUGUAUUUGUACUUGAAAGUUGU